AUGCAGACAUUUGGUGUGGCCAAGGGGAAAAAAGUCAAUGCGCUCCCCAGGCAAGAUACUCUUGCUGAGUUCCCCAUGCUCUCUAUAGCGGGCAACAUCACAGUGACCCAUUACAAGUUUAGGUUCCCGGGUUCUUCUCCUUAUCCCUGCCGUCAAAAUGCAAAACGUGUACUUGCCCUGCAGCUUAUUGCCAUUGAGAAGCCACACAGAAUGAGGAGGUGCCCCUGGCCCCAGCAAAAGGUUGACCAAAGAUUCUUCAUCUCUCCUCCUCCUCCUCCUCAGAUCGUAAAUGUGAUGUGGCGUCACGCACAGCGUUUCCUCAAUCACAUGAAAACGGCCGAAGCUCGUCCGCAUGAGAAGCGAGCGGGCCCCAAACCCUAG